UUUUAGAAACCAGCUCGGCCACUCUAAUUUGUCAAAAUUGCGAUUUUUUGUUAGUAAUUAUUAAUUUCACGCAAACGGAAAAUACAAAAAUCAGGGGCCAAAAGCAUUGGGAGCAGUCGAGGAGUCAAGGGUGGCGAAGCCUGAACUGCCGGGCAUAAGCCGGCAACCAAAACCGAUUUCAAAAAGCUUGUAAUUCGGCCAAUUUCAUCAGAAGUCCCAAUUUCAUCACUGCACACGUGUCUGAAGCUUUGGUUCUACAAUCAUAUAUCAAGCCCAGGCGAUUUCCGGACUUUAGUCUGGAACGCCCGUCUGAAAUCGAGACACCGGAGCGACUAGCAACAAUCCCAGACAGGCUGAGCACGUCAAAGAGCCGAACGCAGGAGGAGGAGGUGCUGCAGGAAAGUGGCAGCGGCGGCGGUGGCAAUAGCAUACUCUUCUCAGCGAUGGAUGAGUAUUGGCAGCAGCUGACCAACGGUGGCGUUCGUGGAGGAGCAUCCACCAACGGCCAUGGUCUCGAGGCAGCGGCACAAGCAUCUGGCAACAGCGCCAGCGGAGCUACUACCAGCACCAACAGCAACAACAACUAUGUGAAUUUCAAUCAGUUCAUUCAACAGCACAACCUAGGUGGAGGAUCAUCGCCCACUCCCAGCCCCGCAACAAUGCAACAUCCACUGAGCAGCGUCAAUAAUACAAAUUACAACAUCGGCGGUGGCGGAGGAGCCUUUGGUCUGAAUCCGCCAGCGGCUCCGCUCGGAAAUUCCACGGGCUUUGGUCAUCUAUAUUCACAGCCCAUGUUUCAAUCUUAUCAGAAUGGCGAUGGCGCCGCCUCCUUUAGCAACAACUAUGAUGAUACCUUUUCAAAUCUGUACACACCGUUCGGCAACAAUCCCUUUGACUUCAGCUCUUCCAAGCUGCAGGCCUCAGCUCCCGAAUUUGUGCCCAACCUGGCCAAGCUAAGUCUGAACGAGGUGCCGGCUGAGGUGGCAACGACGCCAAAUGGGAACAGGAAUAUCACUGCCAGCCAAGAAACUGCCAUUAGUGUGACGGGAACAAGAGCGCCACAACCGGGGGGAAACGGUGGAUCAGGAGGAGGAGAGCCCCACCACCUUCGUUUAUCAGCCAACAAUUACGAAAGAGAUCGCGGCGACAGAGACUCUCGACCGGGAAGCACCCGGCAGCAGCGUCGCUCUGACUACCGCGACGACCGAGAGGAUCGAUAUGAGCGAAACGAUCGCAAGAAGCCACAGAAGCAGCAGCGUUACGACAAUCAUAGAAGCAACAAACGAAGGGACGACUGGAAUCGCAACAGGGACCGCAUCAACGGCUUUCCCCGGGCCGCCGACGAGCUGGAUACUAGCAACGAGAGUGCUCAGCCGUCGCCCGAAAAGCAGCAAACUACGCAGCAGCAGCAAAUAUCUCCGCGGCGAGCUGUGCCGCAUCCACCGGCGGCGGACAAUGAGAAGCUAUCGCAGCGAGAGAAACUCAUACGCGAUAUCGAGCAGCGUCGACUGGAGUGCCUGGUGUGCGUGGAGGCAAUCAAGGCGCAUCAGCCGACGUGGUCCUGCCAGAACUGCUACCACGUUCUCCACCUCAAGUGCACUAUUACCUGGGCGAGCAGCUCCAAGUCUGAAGUAGGAUGGCGGUGUCCUGCCUGUCAAAAUGUCCUCCAAGAGCUGCCGCGCGAGUAUCUCUGCUUUUGCGGAAAACUCAAGAACCCGCCGGUGUCCCGUACGGAACUGGCACACAGCUGCGGUGAAGUCUGUUGCCGGAUCGAGGGCUGCAGCCAUGCUUGUACACUGCUAUGCCACCCUGGUCCCUGUCCACCGUGCCAGGCCAAUGUGGUGCGCAGCUGUGGUUGCGGACGCAGCUCCAAGACCAUGCAGUGCGCCAUGAAAGAAGAUCUACUCUGCGGCGAGAUCUGUGACAAGGUGCUCAAUUGUGCCGAGCAUCGGUGUCGCGCCGAGUGUCAUGCCGGCAAGUGUGCAGCCUGUGCGGAGCAGGUGGAGCAGCACUGUCACUGUGGCAAGCAGGAGCGUCAAGUGCAGUGCACGCGCGAGAAUCAAGACAAGCGGAACUACUCGUGCAAGGAGAGUUGCGGGAAGCCCCUGCCCUGCGGUAACCACAAAUGCAAGGACUCUUGCCACGCGGGCAACUGUAGGCCUUGUAAGCUAAGUCCCGAACAGAUAACAAGCUGUCCAUGCGGCAAGAUGCCGGUGCCGGCUGAUCAACGCUCGAGCUGUCUAGAUCCCAUACCGACUUGCGAGGGAAUUUGCUCGAGGACUCUGCGCUGCGGCAAGCCAGCUCAUCCCCAUCAGUGCGCCAGCAAGUGCCACUUGGGCCAGUGUCCGCCGUGUCCCAAGCAAACAGCCGUCAAGUGUCGCUGCGGUCACAUGGAUCAGAUGAUAAAGUGCCGGCAGCUGUCCACGCGAGCGGAUGAUGCCCGUUGCAAGCGACGCUGUACGAAGAAGCGCAGCUGCGGCAAGCACAAGUGCAAUGCGGAGUGCUGCAUCGACAUAGAUCACGCCUGCCCACUGCCCUGCAAUCGGACGCUGAGCUGUGGCAAGCAUAAGUGUGAUCAACCCUGCCAUCGAGGCAACUGUCCGCCGUGCUAUCGCAGCAGCUUCGAGGAGCUUUACUGCGAGUGCGGGGCCGAAGUGAUAUAUCCGCCGGUACCAUGCGGCACCAAGAAGCCACUCUGCAAGCGACCCUGCUCGCGUUCGCAUCCUUGCGAUCAUCCGCCGCAGCACAACUGCCACUCGGCGGCCACCUGUCCGCCCUGCAUGAUGUUUACCACCAAGUUCUGCCACGGUGGUCACGAGCAGCGCAAAACUAUUCCCUGCUCCCAGGCCAACUUUAGCUGUGGCCUGGCAUGCGGCAAGCCCUUGCCAUGCGGCCGUCACAAGUGCAUCAAGCCGUGCCACGAAGGCGUCUGUCAGAGUGCCGGCGAGGUAUGUCGUCAGAGCUGCACUAAGCCGCGGACGCUCUGUGGUCAUAAGUGUUCCGCUGCCUGUCAUGAGGGAGCCUGUCCCGAGACGCCGUGCAAAGAGCUGGUGGAGGUUCAGUGUGAAUGCGGCCACCGGAAGCAGAGUCGCAGCUGCCAGGAGUUGGCCAGGGAGCACAGUCGAAUUGCCACCGCUCAGCUGGCCUCCUCUAUGGCAGAGAUGUCGCGCGGCAACUACAUGGAACUGAGCGAAAUCCUGGCCCCGGCCAAGACAAGCAAAUCGAACCGAACUUUGGACUGCAACGACGAAUGCCGUCUGCUGGAGCGUAAUCGUCGGCUAGCAUCUGCCCUGUCAUCGGGCAAUUCGGACACAAAGCAAAAGUCACUGACCAAGUACUCGGAGUUUGUUCGCGGUUUUGCCAAGAGAAAUCCGGCUCUGACCAAGAGUGUAUACGAGACGCUGAGCGAUCUGGUGAAGCUGGCCAAGGAGAGCAAGCAGCGCUCACGGAGUCACUCCUUCCCCACCAUGAAUCGCGAGAAGAGGCAAUUGGUGCACGAGUUGUGCGAGAUAUUUGGUAUCGAAUCUGUUUCCUACGAUAAGGAGCCUAAUCGAAAUGUUGUGGCCACGGCCCACAAGGAGAGGUGCUGGCUGCCUGCCACAAGCAUCAUGGAGGUGCUGGCUCGUGAGUCUGGACAACGUCGUGUCCCUGUGCCCAGCAACAAUGCAUGGAGCUUAAAGAAAUAAAGCAAAAUCCAUCGUAAUUUAAUAAUAAAUACUGUUGGAAGAAGGGAACCUAGAAUGAAAUAUUUGUGGAGCCUAAAACGGUGGCAAACCGAAAGAAAGCUCUAUGAGAGGACAAUACACAUAAACUAGCGAAGCCGAUAUUGAAUGAUUUGCCGCCGUAUAUUUUGUAAAUUAUAACGAAAGUUAGCUAAAAUCUAGAAUGCAUAAAUAUGUUGAAUAUUGAAUGGAUACGCAGAGGCAGAGUUAUGGAGAAUCUUGUUAACCAAUUCUGUUUCAUGAUGAAUUUAACAAAAAUCAAAACCUUCUGAACCCAAAACUAAAUAAGAAACAAUUGUAUACCAGAGGGAAAAAUAAAUACAAAUACUGAGCAGAGGGAAA